AUGGAUUUGAAUAAUAAUAUGCACUCAAAAAUUCCAAUUCUGAAAUGUAAUCCUUAAGGUUUUAAUAUAUUUUAGAGGGGGACAACUCUUUUUAAAGAUACCAAAAUCCAUUGAAUGAAUUAUAAAUUAAAAGUGAAUCAGACUCAUUUGAGUAGAAACAACCCGAAUAUAUACCGCAAAUCUAGCCUUAUGUAUUUUAUCCACCCACUCCAAUAUAUCCAAUAAUAGGUGUCAUUUAUAACUUAAUGUAGGGGAAAUAAAGGAUGAGUUCAUUGAUCAAGCUCACCAAUUCAUGAAGCAUGGAAUCCAAAAUAGUUUAGCAAGCAUGAUCUGGCAACAAAUCAGAACCCAGGAUCAGUUCAAAACUAACUAAACUGUCUAUGGUUGUAAAAAGAUGUGUCAAAUUGAUUCCAUGCUUAUAGGCAGAUAUUACAAUUAAAAGUAUUGGGUAAUGAGUAUAAUGCUAUUGAGAUAUUUCAAAAUUCAAAUCAGAAGUAUAAGUUGGAUCAAACAUAAACUGAAAACACUGGUUGGCUUAAGGCAAGAUUAAAAUAUAGAUAUAAAUCUUAGAUUUAUGUCACAUUUGUUGAGAUGAUUGAUCUAAUUCAAGAGGAAGGAGAGGUACACAUGAACGCGAGAACUAAAGCAAUACAGUUAUAAAAUGUAAAAGGGUUUUAAAAUCUUGAAAGACAGAUUUCAUAAAUGGUUAAAUCAAAAAAAAAUUUUGAUGGCUUUCUGCUUGAAAUGUAAAAAGUCUUAGCAGAAUUCAUUUUCUCGUACUUUAAUUGA